AUGAGCAAAACAAGAACGAAGAAGGCUUCAGCAGCUAUGAUCAAUCUUCUGGGACCUGCCCCGGAUAGCAGACUCACUGAUGGUGAUUUCAUAGUGGAGGACUACGACUACGACCAAUUGCAGAAAGACACGGGCGAUUCACAGUUUGAGAAUGAUCUCAAGUAUUUGUUGAACAACAAUGAUAUUCAGGCCUCACCUGUCCAAAAUUUCGAGGUCUCUGACACUAUCAUCACUGCUGUCAGCUCCAACAAGCCAAAGUCCAAAAAGGACGCAAAGUCUAGAAACUUGAAGUUCUUGGUGGAUGAAGUGACCAAAGACAUCAAUGAUAUCGACUUGAGUGACAGCGAGGAUGAAAAGUCCAAAAACCCUCCACCAUCUGCCAGAAAGAAGAAAUCGUACGGCAAUUUAAAUCGUGGUGGUAACUCCAAUGCUAACAACCUGGGUCAAAAAGCCAACAAAGACGACAAGCCCCGCAAAUUGAACAGACAACAGUCAGCAGAUUUCAGAAGAAACAAUUCUGAAUCCUCGUCGGUUGAAAAGAAGCUCAACAAGCUGAAAUCGUUGGAUUUCAGAACUAUUAAGGAAGAUUUUGGAAAGCCACAAAACUUGAGAAAGAGAGCAUCAAUGAACAAAUUGGCUGAAAGAACAAGACAACCAAAACCUACAAAACUUGAUGAAAUUGAAACGGAAUCUGAAUUUGAUGAUUCAAUCGUUUCUUUGGAUCCUGAAGACUUGGCUGACGCCGAAAAGGAGAAAAGAAGACUCAAAAACAGAAAAAGAAAAGAAAGAAGAGCUAGAACAAACCAGAAUAAAAGGGACAGAGAACUUUCCGCAUCAUCCACAGCAUCUGCUCCCGAACCAGUUUUAAACCUGGUAGUACAACCGGACCCAUUAUUAGAUGCAGUUGAGGUUGAAGACGAGGAAAUAAACCCAGAUGUCACAUUGGACAGUAUAUUCGAUGAAACUGCAGAAGAAAACACUUCGGUUGAUACCCCCAAGAGAUCAUCUGACGAGGAAAACUCACCCAUUCGUAAAGUUACCUUUUCUCAAACUAUCCAACCCAAGAAACCAACGAUCGAAGAAACAUUGAGGUUGAACAAGAAGAAGUCGAUGGAAUAUUUAAGUCAACAGUCUGCGUUGUCUAACGAAUCCAAUCCAUUCGACAUUAAGCUUAGAUCCACCAAGAAGACAACUAUGAACAGUAGAUACGACAACAAAUUACCCGAAAUUCAACCAAUCAAGACUAUUAUUGGUUUAUCGCACAAGCAGAUCUUGAACUUAGAUGUUUCUGAUGUCAAGCUCAAAACCAUUUUAUCAUCUUCAAAAAUCUCGAAGUAUUCUUCAACUUCGCUCAACUUCACAAUCAAACAUACCAAUGAGUUGUUUAAAGAUGAAAAUAAAAAGAAGAUUUUCUUCUUGUUGUGCAUAAAUGUGGCAUUGUACGAGUCUAUUGGAUUCAAGAAGACUGUGAAAGUCUAUCCAAAUAUUCUCGAAUUAUUUGGCGGGUAUGACGAAAUCAAUUUGGAAACCACUGGUACAAAAUUGACCCCAUCUAACAAAGACAUUCAUCAGAAUAAUCUAGACUAUAGUGUUUUGUCUUACAUUGGGAAUAUUUUGAUUUGGGCUGUUCACCAGCAAAGAGCUCACAAUGAAACCUUAAUCGAUGAUAAGUACGAUAUAAAAUUAUCGGCAUCACUAGUAAGAGAAAAUGUUGGUGGUUAUCAUUUAUGGGACAGAUUGAUUAGAGAGCCAAAGGGAAUGAAUGCCAAGAGAUGGAAGCAUAUUAUCAAGUUUAGACAGGCAUUUGCAUACGAAGAAGAUCAAUUCGUUUUGAUCUUGAAGUUCAUGGGCGUGGGCUCUUGA